AUGGUGGAAAUCCAUGAAGUGGGCUUGUCGUGGGCGGGUCAACCCCCAUCAAAGGAAGUCCCAGCUGGCUCGUACCCCUUCAUGGUAGAUUCCGAUGAUGGUCGUAAAGUGCCUGUGGUCCAGGCCUACGCCUUUGGGAAAUAUCUGGGAUACCUGAAGGUAUCCUUUGACGAUAAGGGGAAUGUCUUGAAGUCGUAUGGGAACCCCAUACUGCUGAACAGCAGCAUACCAGAAGAUACUAAUGUGCGCGCAGAGGUUGAUAGAUGGAAAAAGGCACUCGCUAAUUACUCCUCCCAAAUUAUCGGAGAGACCCUGGUUUAUCUUAAUGGUACCUUUGAAGAGUGCCGCUUUCGGGAAUGUAACCUCGGAAAUUUCAUUUGCGAUGCAAUGGUUAAUCAUAAUAUCAGAUAUCCGAGCGAGCUACAAUGGAACCAUGUCAGUGCCUGCAUUCUGAAUGGAGGCGGAAUACGGUCGCCUAUCGAUGAGCGCACCAGAAAUGGUUCCAUCACCAUGGAGGAUCUUAUAUCUGUCCUGCCAUUUGGAAGUACUUUCGACUUGGUGGAACUGAAAGGAUCGACACUGAGAAAAGCAUUUGAACAUGCAGUCAGGAGAUAUGGAGGAAACACCGGAGAAUUUCUGCAAGUAUCUGGGAUACACAUUGAAUUUGAUCUUUCAAGACAAUCCUUGGAUCGUGUGACUGAUAUACAGAUUCUUUGCACGAGCUGCCGGGUGCCAAAAUACGAGCCGCUUGAUUCAGACAAGUCUUACAAGCUUGUUAUCCCGUCCUACUUAGUUGAAGGGGGAGAUGGUUUUACAAUGAUAAGGGAUGAAAAGCUUAAGCACGACAGUGGUAAGUUUGUCAAUGUCUUUCUUUUUCCCAUAGAAGUGUUUUAUUUCUUUUUUUAUUGCUGUUGAAACUUGAAACAUAUAUCAAUGACAUGUUUUGGUAAAUAGGAUUAAGGCUUUUUCAUUUAAAUGUCUUUUGGUCAUCGCCGUGGUUUCCCGGCUGCAGAGCGCCGGUCUCAGAUCUGACUGUGUGUGUGGAGUCUGCAUGCUCUCCCUGUGUUUGCAUAGGUCUUGCCUGCGUAGUUCAGUUUCCUCCCACAGUCGAAAGACAUGCUGGCCAGGUUAACUGGUGUCUCUGAAUUGCCAGAGAAUCUGUACGUCCGUGCACUCUGUUGCCCUCUUUGAGUUCUGUGCGUGUCAGGUUAGGCUCCUUCUCACUGAGACCCUCUAGGGAUAAAAUGAUAAUUAAACAGGUAGGUAGGUCCCU